UAUAAGGAAGGCCAAUUUCAUGGUAUAAUUAUUUUGUUCUUUCCAGAUCAACAAACAAACAUCUUCUUUCUCACAACUCUCCAUUAUCUCUAAACUUGACCACUUUUUCCAACCACAAACCACACACCAUCAACUAUCAACAUGUCUGACAACAACUCUUCCACUUUGGGCUCCUACGUCAACCAGGCUACUGGCAUGGCCCAGCGCGCCUUUGGAGCAGUGACCGGUGACUCCUCCACUCAGGCCAAGGGCGAACUCUCCCAAGAGCAAGGCGAGAUCCAAAACGCCAACUCCCACACUACUGCCAAAGUAGGCAACCUCACCGCCGACCCGAAUACUGGCGCCGUCGCCAAGGACAACAGCAAGCGCUCCGACGGCUCCUGGGACCAGACCAUCGGCUCGGCGAAGGAAGCCAUGGGCAACGCGGUCGGCAGCGAGAAACUGCGCCAAGCGGGUGUUCAGCAGAAUGCCGCUGGCAAGGAGCAGGAGGCCAAGGGCCAGCUGAAGGAUUGGGGUGAGGGUAUCCAGGACCGUGCUCAGGGACACCUGGGUGCCGUUGGUGCGGCUAUCACGGGCAACCGCGAGGAGCAGAAGAAGUUUGAGGAUAUCCACGAUGAGGGCAAGGUUCGUCAGCGUGGAGCCGAGGCUGACAUGGCUAAGCGCCAGGGUGUCUAAGUUGCUUCGCUCCGGAGGUUUUCACUCUUCCUUGACUUUAUGAGCUAUGGCUGCGGUUGUGAAAAUCCACGGACGUGGAUGAUCUCCCGUGCGGAUGGGUGCUAGCGCUUUUGCUUCUCGAUUGUUUUACUAUUACG